CAAUCCAACAGCUAAGAGGCACACAACUCUCGCAGCCCAAAUCGGACCAAGGCUCAACACUCAGGCCACAAAAUGCCAUGUCAGAUUUGCAAUGACUUCAAAGGAAGCCGAGAAAAGCUGGAGCCGGGGAAAGGCAUCGACCUCGGAACCAGAAAUCACGUAAAGAUUGGGCUUCAUUGGGACGAGAUCACAGCCUCAGCCGAGUCAUGCUUCAUCUGCGAGGUCCUGACCCGCGGUAUCCGGGGCACUUUGCAGCAGCACGGCAUCAAGGAAUCCGACAUUACGAGCUUCAGCAUUUACUUCUACUACGAGGAUGCCGUGGGAUACACGUCCGAGACGAACAAGGAAUUCCACUUCCAGCUCGCCAACGGGAGCGAAUUCGACAUUGAGCUCUUUGCAGUAGAUGAGCCCGACGCUCCGAUUCCUUUAGACUGGGAGACCUUUCCAGUAUCUGACCGGACAUCACCUAGAACCGAUUCUGAUGCCGCUAUGGCCAAGAUCCAGGGCUGGAUCGAAGAAUGCCUCGGCCCAACUGACGAGUUUUGCACUGCACCCACCGAAGCGGAGCUCCCAACCCGAGUGAUAGACGUUGGCAUUGGCGAUUCGCUCAUAAGGCUUGUUGAACCGUGCGGGAGGGUCGCCCGCUACAUCUGUCUCAGCCACUGCUGGGGAAAGCAACAAAUCAUCACGACCACGAAGUCGACCAUGAGGGAUAGAAUGGCGGGGAUAAAGAUGGAACAUCUAUCCAAGACGUUCCAAGAUGCUGUCAUCCUCACACGACGCCUCGGAGUCCAAUACAUCUGGAUCGACUCGCUGUGUAUCGUCCAGGACGACUUGAGAGACUGGGAAGCGGAGUCUACGAAAAUGUGCGACAUCUACAGCAAGGCGUAUCUCACUAUUUCUGCUACGCACUCGAGAGAUGGCCGGGGCGGGCUAUUUCGCGAGACCCCUGAUUUUGAGGUCUCCGGAGUUGCCCCCGGCGCCGGCGGCGGCGAGUACCGUUUUUUCUUUCGUGAGAGGAUCGACCACCAUCUCGAGCAGAGCCCGGACAAUGGACUUUUGGGAGAAAUCGGCCAUGCAACCAUGGUUCAUUACCCUAUCUUCACUAGAGCUUGGGUGUAUCAAGAGCGCAUGUUGUCGACGCGGGUGCUUCACUUUGGCCAAUACGAGGUCUUCUUUGAGUGUCGGUCCGCCGCCGCUUGUGAAUGCGAUGGCAUUGGAUAUGUCGGCUCUUCCGCGGCUACUGGCACGCUCCUCCCCAAGGUAAUCCAUUCUGAUGCCCUCGACAGCCAGAUGGAAGGCGUAGAGUGGGUUGAAUAUGCCCAAUACUACAUCGCCAGGUUGUGGCGGACUAUGGUGAGCUCGUUCACGAGCCUAGCUAUCACCAAGCACGGGGACCGAUUACCCGCCAUGGGAGGCCUGGCCAAGCACAUGGCCAUGAGGACAAAGUCCGUCUAUCUUGCAGGGCUCUGGGAAGAUACGCUGAUGGACGAUUUGCUCUGGUGCUGCGACGGGGGUGGCAUCUCCAAGCCACCGAGGCCAGCCCCUCGGGCGGCUCCGACCUGGUCCUGGGCGAGUAUCGAUUGUGACAUCUCGUACACGGACGGGAUCCUCUUCUGGGAGGCAGCACUUCAAGACGAGGAGAGAGAACCUCAUCAGCACUUUGCCAGGAUUGAGGACUGUACGGUCAUCCCGAGUGGAGUGGACGAGUUUGGUACCCUAUUGCAGGGGAGACUCCAGAUUUCUGGGCUCAUCGCUACAGGCGUCCUUGAGCGGGCGACCGAGAUACGGGAGGGGAAAGGAAGUGCUGUUUAUCACGUCUUGUUUCCGGGUGGUAUAAAAACGCCGGUGAGCGCAGAUUACGCACUAGAGGAGCCGGGUAAUGACCAGGUGCUCCCAGGGGCCGAGGUGAAAUGCCUAAAAAUGAGCUGGAUGCAGUGCGGCGCGAUCAAGGUCUUUAUGUCGCUGGUCUUGAGGCCGGUUGCUGGUGCUCCUGGCAUGUAUGAGCGGAUCGGGUGCAUCCAAAUCAAGGCACGGGUUAGUGCCUCUCUGAUAGAUCCUGUCGAGCCGGUGUAUCGCUCGGCCAUCAAACAGACAGUCGUUAUUAUUUAAGAAUUUUAGGCUGCUGUCAACAGACUCCGUCCUCGCUGCGGCUCCUGGCUAAUACAGCGCCGGUGUAACGGUUUUGGAGACGCUGGCUGGGGUCGGUCAUUACGGGGAG